AGAGCCGCGCUCUCGACGUCGUCCACCACCAAACGAAGCCCAUCUCGCCCAAUCUAGCCAUUCACCUCGAUCCAAAUCCAAUGCAAGCGCCGCGGCGUCUAUUUAGCGAGCUUUUACAGCUCUCGACCAGGCGGCCCGUCCCUCCUCGUUCGACUCUUGGAGCAUGGCGACCGAGCUACAUCCCUGACGCUCCUCCUCCUCCUCCAGGAUGUCGUCCUCUACACGCCUCUGCCUGCUCGAGACACCCCCGACCGAUAUCCGCUUCCUCCUCCUCGACGCCUUUGGUCGGUGGACAGGAACAUACCCAGAAACACCACACUACCGGUACCUGGUCAGGGGAGCGCGGAGACGAACGUGAGCCCCAGCACCCACGCCGUCGCAAGGGUCCGGCCACCGUCAGUACAUUGCUUGCUAGCGGCGGGCUCUUGUCUCUCUUCGUCGGUCUCUCGGAGCCCUUCCAUGUGCCCACUCAGGACGAAGUAGAUGCCUCCGACCCGGCCCCGUCCACCGACGACCGCGACCCAUCUAUCCCUCGCUUCAGGCUCUCCGAAAUCCGAAAACAUGAUGCCAAAUCCAGCAGCCCAUGGGUUACCCAAGGCGACAAGGUCUACGACAUUACCGACUGGGUUGCUGCACACCCCGGAGGUGAUGUCAUCCUCCGUGCCGCUGGAGGUAGCAUUGAUCCCUACUGGAACAUCUUCACCAUCCACAAGUCGCCCCACGUUUAUGAAAUCCUCCAACAGUACUUGAUUGGCUUCAUCGACUCGGACGACCUUGUCGACGGGAAGCCCGCUGCUCAGGAAAUAGAAGACCCCUUCAAGCACGAUCCUACCCGUGAUGAGAGACUCAUCACCCUCACUCCCAAGCCUCGCAAUGCAGAGACACCCGUCGAAGGCCUGGCAGACAGCUACCUCACUCCCAAUGAACUCUUCUACGUGCGCAACCACAUGUGGGUUCCACAGGUCGACGAUACCUCGGACUACACCCUCAAGAUUGAGCUCCUCGAUGGCACCAUCAAGGAGUACACCCUUGAUGACCUAAAGACCAAAUUCAAGCCUACUACUGUUGUGGCUGUUUUGCAGUGUUCUGGAAACCGCCGAAGCGACAUGACCCGUAACGCGAAGAAGACCAAUGGACUCCAGUGGAAUGUUGGCGCAAUCUCUUGUGCGGAAUGGCAGGGCGUGAAGCUCACCGAUGUACUUGCUGAUGCCGGUAUUCCUAUACUCGAGGCCAUGACUGGAGAUACGGAGGCUAAGCACGUUCAAUUCAUGGCGCUCGAAGCCUACGGCGCGUCAAUCCCCAUCCAAUCUGCUCUGGAUCCGCGUGGUGAUGUUCUGUUGGCUUACUCGAUGAACGGCAAGCCGCUGCCGCGAGACCACGGAUACCCUCUCCGUGCUCUUGUGCCAGGACACGUCGCCGCUCGUUCCGUCAAGUGGCUGAGCCAGAUCACCAUUUCUGAUGAAGAAAGUCAUAGCCAAUGGCAGCGCAAAGAUUACAAGUGCUUUGGCCCCAACGAGACGAGCCCCGACUGGGACCGCGCCGCACCGAUUCAAGAGAUGCCCAUCACAAGCGCCAUUACCACCGUCAGAUUGGGUGACUGGAAAGCAGCAGCAAGUGAGUCAGCGGCAAAUGAGGAUACAGGCAGCGUCCGCGAAGCGUCUCUCAUGGGCUAUGCGUAUUCUGGUGGCGGUCGCCGAAUCGUUCGUGUCGAUGUGAGCGUCGACAAUGGCAAGACUUGGGACCAAGCCGAGUUACUCGACGAGCCUGGAGCCCCGCCAAAAACCGGGCACAAGUCCUGGGCAUGGAAACGCUGGAGGUACGAUGGCGCAAUCCCGCUUGGCGAGCCAGGUGAAGGGACCAAGAAGUGCACUACCCUGCUCGUCAAGGCCACGGACGAGGCGUACAACUCGCAACCUGAGAGCUACGCGGCAAUUUACAAUCAGCGAGGAAACUUGGCCAACGCGUGGCACCGUCUGAAGAUUUGCUCCGAUUGUGCCAACAAGGCCAUGGUUGUGGCUAAAUAGCAAGUCGGCAUACGAUGUGAAGAAGAAGGCCGAGUGGGUAAAUGACAGCCAAGUAGGUGAAGAAGGAUAGAGACGAGAGUUUAUCGAUGGCUGCGGGAGUUUCUCAUACGCGUGGAGUAUAUCUGAAGCAGUGGAGGCGUAUUGCGGAUUCAUGAAGCGAAGCCUGUU